CUGGAUAUACUGAGUUUUGAAGAUUUCUGUGCAGCAUACACUAAAAGUUGGUGGGACAAAAAAGGGGCCACAUCACAUAAGAGUCCCCCAGCCCCAGCCCCUCAUCCUAGCAUGACUAGUGUACACAUUCCAAAUGGCUCAGCCAGUAACAAGCCUGUCCCGCUGGCCCAGGAAGUCAGGAAAAAGAAACGAGAGGGGCCACUAACUGAACAUGAGGCUGCGUGCAGUAUACAGAAAGCUUGGAGAAGACACAUAGACAUCCAAGUCUAUAACUACUACAGGGAUCUGAUCAACUUCAAGUGUAGAGGAGACCCUUCACUUAUGCUGAAAUGUAUCAACCCCAAUGAAGCUAAACUACUGGACCCAGCAUCAGGAGUACACAUCAAGUUUAGACUAGCUGGGGAGAGAUUUCCCCCCAAUAUUUACUAUAAAAUCUUCACCCAUCGCCCAGUGGUGGACCUGUGUGCCUGCAGUCCCAAGGACUACACUAAGGCUGGCGCCAAACAGAAACUGCCCAGAGAUUUACAUAACAAGGUGGACAGAACAGCACCUGAUGAUAGAUAUGAUCAAGAUGGCUGGUAUCAGAGAAUAGAGAACAAUGGCUGGCGUCUGGUGUCAGAUAGACUCAUCACACAUGCACUGAAUGACCCUGUUACCUGGGCAACCACCAAUAAGAAGGUUGAAUUCCACCACAAUAAGCUACAAAGACGUCAAGAUGUGGAGAAGAAAAAAAAGCAGAAAAAAAUUGAAUGGAUGAAAACAAUGUAUAAAAAUGGUCUGCUGAAGGCACGCACUGAAGACAACGAGACCAAAGAGCUGAUAGAGGGCGCUGCAGCAGGCAUGGUGGACACUAUCAACAGAGAGGGUCUGGACGCCGUCCAGGACUGGGAGGUGGACGAACUGCUGGACUGGACAACUAGUCUUAACUUUGAUGAUUAUUUAUCUGGUUGGAAAGAAGUUGCUACAACUGCAAAAUCUGAGAGAGUCAUUGAAGAGAAGAUGCACCUGUUUGCCAGUCCCUCCGACCCCUUUGAACUGACACUGUCCACUNCAAUAUUCGGAGGCGGUAUCGCCUCUCUGAUCCUCUAG